UCCCAUGGGGUUCUGGAACACCAGCCCUGACUUUGGCACUCAGGGACUUUCUGCUACUCUCCACUCCACUCCGGUGAGCAGCUAUCUGGAUUGGGAUCCAAGAAGCCAGGCAGGGGCCAAAUCCCACAAUUCCUAUUCCAACUAGGCCCACAAAGGGGGCAGGACAGCUAUCAGCACCCCUGCAGCCCUGACAACACUCCAUGAUCUCCGGGGCCAUCAGCUUCUGCACUGUGCCAGUCCCCUGAGCCCUCUUGGCUGGCCUAGCCAUGGCCCCUAGUCUGAGGGCUGCCCAGCAGAGCGGGGAGACAGACUCCAUGCUCUCAUUACUGCGGUUGCCUUGCUAAGGGUAAGGUCCCACGACAGGCACUAACCCCACUGCUCGCCACCUCCUUCACAGUGCACCUUGUGUAAGCAGCUUGUGCUGGGCCUGGGUCAGACAUCACCUAGAGUGCAGCCUCCAGUUCCAGCCACACUGCAGGAAUGGCAGCUCUCGUGCUGCUGUCCAUCUUGGCCUGUGUCCUUGUGGGGAACAUGGGGAAGAUCUUCCGGCGCUGCGAGCUAGCCCAGGUGCUGCACCAGGCAGGGAUGGAUGGGUUCCGAGGCUACAGCCUGGCUGAUUGGCUGUGCAUGGCGUUCCAUGAAAGUCGGUUCAACACGGACACGGUGGACCACGAAGCUGAUGGCAGCACUGACAACGGCAUCUUCCAGAUCAACAGCCGCCAGUGGUGCGAUGACUACAGGAGCUCCACCCGGAACCUCUGUCACAUGCACUGCAGUGGCUGGCCUGGAGGAAACACUGUGAGGGCCAUGACCUCUCACAGUGGGUGGAAGGAUGCAAUGUGGGAAGUCGAUGAAGGAGCGCCUUGGGAUGCCCUGGACCUGCUAGAUGGGGUGUACUGCAGUCGCAUCAGUCUCCUGCAGAUUUAGCACCUCAUUGAAAUCCUCUGUGAGCACCUACUUCUCCUUCUUAACUAGCUCCAAAGUGGGUCAUUAACUGUGGGGGAGUGUUGUCCCCUUAUUGGGACUGCACCUUAAGGCACUGGGAGCAGGUUUUCCUGAAUAAAGCUGUCUGACGGUCUAAUGACAAAA